CAUCCGCAUCGAUCCAUCCAUUCAUCCUUCCCCGCCGGGUGGCUUAUCCACCGGCGUAUCCGUCUAAAUGCGUGCGUGUGUGUGUGUGUUGGGGACAACCGAAAAUCCAUUCGGAAGUAUAUAACCGCCCGUCCGUCAGGUGGAUGUGUAUCAGUCGUGUUUGGAGCGUCGUUUACCAAUCAUCAGCAAGCGUAAUCCCAUCAUGGAGCUGUACUUUAACAUCGUGUCACCGCCGUGCCAGACCGUGCUGCUGGUGGGCAAAAAGCUGGGCAUCACCUUCGACCUGAAGGAAGUCAAUCCCCAUCUGCCGGAAGUGCGGGAAGAGUUGAGGAAGUACAAUCCCCAGCACACCAUACCGACGUUCAUCGAGGAUGGGCACGUUAUUUGGGAGUCGUACGCCAUCGCCAUCUAUUUGGUGGAAAAGUACGGCAAAGACGAUACGCUCUACCCGAAAGACGCCAAGGUACGGUCGGUCGUGAACCAGCGGCUGUUCUUCGACAACGGCGUCAUGUUCCGGAGCGCCAUCGAGUAUGUGGAGUGCAUUUUGAAGAAAAAGCUCGAACCAACGGACGAGAUGGUGCAGAAGCUGAAGAAGUCGCUCGGUCUGCUGGAGUCGUUCGUGCAGGAACGGUCGUUCGUCGCCGCCGAUCAUCUGACGAUCGCCGACAUUUGUUUGCUGAGCAGCGUGACGUUGCUGGGCGGGCUCAAGUACGAUCUGGAGCCGUACCCGAGCAUUCGGGCUUGGGUCGGACGCGUUACGGCUGAGCUGCCCGACUAUGCCGAGUUCCACAAGGAGCUGCUGGAGAAGAGCCUGGAGUACAUUAAAACGCUGUAGCGGGGAACGGGACGGUUGCUUGUUAGACGCAACAACAGCUUCUCGAAUGGAGUAAAUACAUAUUGAUGUUGGGAUCGAAGAGGGUUGCCUUACAAUCAA